CACAAAAACAGCUUUAGGGUUUUCUGCCCCAAGAAAUGUUUUCUAUGAGCUAGACAAUGCAAGUGAUCGUUUGUAAUGAGUAGCCGGACUGGAUUUGACCUUGGACAAUAUGGCUACAAAACAAUGCCGAAGGACUUGACGAAAGAAGAAAAACGACUCCUGUCGUCUGUUUUCCAUCAAGUGGAUCUUGGAGGCAAGGGGAUUUUAAGCAGAGAAGACUUGAAGAUAGCUAUAGCAGAAAUAUUUGGAUACAAACCAUCUAAGCUUGAAGCCGAUCAUUUGAUGAAGAGUUAUGGAGACAACACAGGACUGAGUCUGCCAAUGUUCAUGUCAGCCAUGACGGAGAAAAUAUCCAAGGCUGACAAAGAUGGAGACAUCAGACAUACUUUCAUGGCUUUUGAUUCACAAUGUCAUGGUUUUCUGACUGCUGAAGACUUGGAGAAAGCUGUCAGCUGUGUGGCACCCCAUAUUCCCAACCACAGUAUCCAGUCUGCUUUCAGGGAGUUAGACAGAGAUGGAGACGGCCGAGUCAGUUACAAGGAUUUUGACUCCAUGAUGAAGUACAACAAAUCAGAACACUUGUAAUUCACUUCAGGGACAACAUAGAACUGAUAUUAUGCUGUACUUGUGUUUUUAGGCAUAUCCUGUAUCACUAGGGUUUUAAAAUAUUGUCUAUUUAUGAAUGUUAACCUAAUACAGAGAUGACAUUGAACUGAGCCACUCUGUUCAGACUAUCGAGCCAUUUGGCUGCAAUGUUGCAUUAAUGGUAAUUUAUAAAUUAGUACUUAUGCAGUUCCUUUGAAAUCUUGCACACUUAUAUAUAUAUUCUCUCUUUAUUCUUUCCUGCUUCAAAACAUUUGGAUAAAAUAGCUUGGAAGACUUAGCAUUGGAACCUACUGCGAAAUUUCCAUUGUUGAUAAAUUUUGUCUGUGACUUAAAUGAUUCUACAUUUAAAUUGACGGAUAUUUUCAAUUGUUCCAUACUGUUUCAUUGAGUAAUUUAUUACUUAUAAACAUUUAUAUACCACAUUGUGUAAUAAGUCUGGCUAUUAAAAGGGAACAUCUGAUAUUUAUUAUAUUAUUUUGUGAGUUUAUUUGAAGUCCCUUAUAUACCAGAACUUCUAACAUUUGCUACAUACCUUUGGUAGUUUUACCUUUGUGAUAUUUUUUUCUGUACCAUAAUCGUCUAUGAAUUGUUCAUACAUUUACUUAAGUUUAUCUCCUCUUGCCAUUUUUUAUUAUAUUUAUUAAAUGUGAUGCACACAGUCUGUAAUGAAAGGUGACUUUUAAUUUUUGAUUUAUCUUCGUUUUUGAGUAUUUGAUAGGAGUUAUAUUUUACUUUCUAUUUGUAAGCUUUUUUCUAAUUUACUGUUCUUUAUUUUCUUGGCCAAGGUUUUUGAAAAUAUUGUGGAUACCUAUUGGUAAUUUUUGCACUGUCAAUUUUAUACAAAAAAAUCUAUUUUCCAAUAUCCAGGUAGGAGCUGUUAAUUCAGCAUGUGGCCUACUCUAUUUUACAUAUAUAUAAAGCUAGACAGUCAGCAGUGAUGUUACAAGUGAGAAUAUUGAUGUUGGUUCAGAACUCAAAAUUUUGUUAGUGAUGGUGGCAUACCCACUAUAUUGAUGUUGAAAGUACUCCAAAUACACUCAGCUCUGUGUAUAAAGGCCACGUGAUUGAGCAGAGAAAAGUAAUGAGCUCUGUGUAUAAAGGCCACAUUAGGGAGCAGAGAAAAGUAAUGAGCUCUGUGUAUAAAGGCCACAUUAGGAAGCAGAGAAAAGUAAUGAGCUCUGUGUAUAAAGGCCACAUUAGGGAGCAGAGAAAAGUAAUGAGCUCUAUGUAUAAAGGUCACAUGAGGGAGCAGAGAAAAGUAAUGAGCUCUAUGUAUAAAGGUCACAUGAGGGAGCAGAGAAAAGUAAUGAGCUCUGUGUAUAAAGGCCACAUUAGGGAGCAGAGAAAAGUAAUGAGCUCUGUGUAUAAAGGCCACAUUAGGGAGCAGAGAAAAGUAACGAGCUCUGUGUAUAAAGGCCACGUGUGGGAGCAGAGAAAAGUAAUGGGUGCUUUCUGCUGUUAUAUAGAUUACUUUGAAUUACAUUUCUUUGUUAGUCUCAACCAGCAGUCAUACAUAUGCACAAGUAUUAGCUACAGUACACAUAGAGGUAGCCUUUUGGUCAGGUUUGACUGUACAUGUAUUGUUAUGACACAGAAUUUGUUAUUAUCAAUGCAAAUAUAUGAUACAGUUUUAUCCUAGAAUUAUAAAUAUUGUGAUCAAAGUUAAGCCAUCACAUUGAUGCCAUUAAACUCCAAAUAUUGUCAAAUCUAGUAUACUUGGACUAUUGUUAAUAUUUUUGUUGGAGGAGAGACCUAGUUGUAUAUAUAUAAAAAUGUGUCUCAAUAUGACAAUAGAAUUCACUACCAAUGUCUGACAGUAGUCACUCACCCCCUCCAUUUCCUCUCGUCAGACAUCUGUAUGGAAUUGUCACACAUCUGUAUCCAUCCCGCCUCCCCUAUUGUCAGACAUUGGUAUGGAAUCUAUUGUCACCCACUCCACUGUGCCACCAGAAAUAAUUAUACCGGUACUGAUGUCUCAUAUCAUAUAGAUAUGAUAGUAGAAUUCAGAAAAACAAAAAUGUGACAUGUAAUAUAGAUAACAAUGUUGUAAGGACAGUUCAGUAAUCAAAGGAGGAAGGUGAUAAGACUUCUGGUAGAGUUGGUUUGAUAUAGGUAUUGUACAGUUAGAUAAAGUACAAAUAAAAAUUAAUACUCGUGAAAAAA